CAUAAAACAUCAAGAAGUGGAAUUGCGGAGAUGAUGCUUUUAUUCUGAAGGAGUGAGGUCGGAAGUAUUAUUGUUGCUGGUGUCGGAACACAAGCACGCCGAAGACGGACCUCACUUUCCUGUGUUGCGUCAAAUAUAAAGUCAGCUAAUGAGAACAAUUGCAGUCCUUGGAGGGGGGAUUGGGGGUUUGGCAGCAUCUUACUACCUCUGCAAGAGCCCUCAGGUUACCAAGGUCAUUGUAUUGGAGUCCAGCAGUCGUUUUGGAGGUUGGCUGUGGUCCACCAGGAGGUCAGACGGAGCAGUGUUUGAACAUGGACCCAGAGGGAUUCGACCUGCUGGGGCAGUGGGAUGCAACACACUCAAUAUGGUGGAUGACCUAGGUCUUGGGGGGGAGAUUCUGCCAGUCACCUACAGUCAUGUCGCCUCCAAGAACAGAUAUCUGUACGUCAACAGACGGCUCCACAAGAUGCCUUCAGGUAUAAGUGGACUUUUGCGGACUGUCCCACCCUUCUCUCGUCCCCUCCUGUUGAGUGUUGCCAUGGAGAUACUGGUGAAGAAAAGCAAGGAGGAUGACGAGACCAUCCAUUCAUUUGUUUCUAGGAGGCUGGGAAAGGAGCUGGCAGACAUAGCUGUGGACAGUUUGUGUCGUGGUGUGUUUGCGGGGGACUGCAGGAAGUUGAGUGUGCGUUCCUGUUUUCCUGUCUUCUACAAUGCAGAGCAGCACAGAGGUUCCCUGACACUGGGCAUGCUGCUAGGCUCAGGUCCCACUCCUGUGGUCCCCCCUGGCCCUCUGGCUCAGAGAUCUAUUAAAGAGUCGUGGGCCCAGUGGUCCCUGAGCAGGGGAGUGGAGUCUGUCCCAGAAUCCAUCACUGAGUACCUACAACAAAGCGGGAGAGUGCAGCUUCACAGAGAGGCAGCUGUUACACAAAUCAAUCCUUCAGCCUCUGGUUGGAAGAUCCAUUUGGAGGAUGGAGUCAUAUCAGCUGACCACAUCAUCUCUGCACUGCCUGCUAAAGCCCUCUCCUCAGCCCUGCCCUCCUCCUGUCAACCUCUCAUCCAGCAGCUGCAGGACAUCUCCACAGUAACAGUCGCUGUGGUAAAUCUGGAGUAUGAGGGUUCCAUCCUGCCUGUAACGGGUUUUGGUCACCUGCUUCCCUCAUCAGAGGAUCGGGGCAUACUAGGGGUGGUCUAUGACUCUGUACCCUUCCCUCAACACAACAGACCUAAUGGACAGACUACUAGACUGACGGUGAUGAUGGGUGGGGCCUGGUUCCAGGAAGUGUUUGGAGCCCCAGAAGCAGUAACAAAGGAGUGUCUUUUAGCAAGAGCCACUGAGGCAGUGCACUGCCACCUGGGAGUCACCACAGCACCCAGCUGGAGUUGGGUGGCUCUACAGAGGGACUGUAUACCUCAGUAUUAUCAAGGACACUUUCGGAGAGUAGAGUCCAUGCGUAGCUUCAUAAGGAAGAAUAAUCUCUCGCUGUCUCUGGUUGGUUCCUCCUAUGAUGGUGUGUCAGUGAACGAUGUCAUCUUUAGUGGACGAACAGCUGUAGAGGAGUUGUUGGGAACUGGAGUUUGAUGGAGCUCGUUACAUAUUAUAUACAUAUUUAUACAGUGUCUAAAUAUUAUGAUAGGUAUAUGCAAUGUCUGAAUGUGUCAUGGCCAAGCUGAAACAUGAGGCUUAAAAUUAUGGUGAAAAUAGAGAAACUGGUCCCUACAUCAGGAGCAGUUUUAUUUCAAGGUAGCCUACGAUCACACAUAAUCUGGUUGAAAGACGCUGACAUUAUUAUUAUUGCUUUCCAGUACAUCUGAUUUGCCUACUGUUGUGACUUGCAUUUUAAGAAAAGCCUUAUUGUACCUGCAAGCUGUUUCUCUAAUGGUCUUUCUUCAUCACCUGUUUGUUCUGUGGCAAGGAUUUCAUGAGGGUUUUAUUACUGACUCAUGAGCAUAUAUGACCUGCAUUUGUUGACGCCAGCUAAUUUUUAUAUUAUUCUGUUAUUGCAUUCAGGAGUAUUCUAAGGUGUAGUAUGUUGUACAGGCAAAUGUAUGGUUUUGGGUCAAUCUGUGCUUUGGGGUAGGGACCCCCCCAAGGGAUCCCAGGAUUAGCCAUUUUGUGACCCUUUUGAUUUAAGGAUAAAAGUUAAAUAAAAAAAGUUACAAAAAUGA